GUGCUUAUCCAGUUUCCACUUCCUUUUGGACACAUUUUUGCACUUUCUUGUUAUAGGCUUUCAUUCAUAAGCUUUUUCUUAAAUUAUUCACAUUUGAGUGCGCCCACGCUGGAGUCACUUAAAUCUCCGGAUCUUAACCCUCUUUUGUGUAGUUUUAUGGCUUGUUAACUUGGCAAAGAGCGAUGCACUCCUUGUGAUUAUGGAGACCGACAGCAGUGGGACUAUAGCGGUGGCUCCCGGAGAGUGGGACCAAGCCGCGCCGGGGGAGGUGGUGGUCUCCCCCACCGCUGACUGUGCUCCUGCGGUCGGUGCUGAGGUAGUCUGCCCCGGAGAAGGGUCACAGAGCGGAGCGAAGAGAAGAGGGAAGAGAAGGCCGAACUUCACACAGAUGUCAUCCCGCCCGGAGGAUGAGCGCUGCAGUGGGUGUCGGGUAAAGUUUGAGCGUCAGGGGCGGAGCUUUAACCGCCGAGCCCUCUGCACCUUCACCAACCUGGAGACGGCUCGCUGGACCUUCCCUCAGGCUGCAGAGCAGCUCCAGGAGUCCAGCUUCCUUUGUGAGACCUGUGCCCAGCUCAUACGCAGCAAAUACAGGAAGAGGCAGUGCGGCAAGAGGACUCUGUGGAUCAGACCAGUGCACACACCACAGAUGGAGCCCAAGUCCCGACCUAAAGAAAAGCGCUUUGGGAAGAAGUCGAGAGCAGCCAUGUUGGUCAGUCAAUCACGUUAUAAAUCUGCCUUCAGAGUCCUGUGGUCUGCCAGAGGAGCCAGAAAACCCAUGAUGGACUUCAUCAGCAAACAACUCAAACUAGAAAUGAAGGAGCUGUCUCGGCAGCACGGCAGUCCGUUCCAUCAGAAGGUUGCGAGCUCAAAGCCGAUGUCGAUGUUUCCAUGGCGACGCUGUUUGAACUGGGCUCAGGAGAAAGCCCCCCUCGUCACACACUGCAUCAGAGCCAUGUUUCCAGAUGCAGUUGCCAUUGCCAAGAGCAGCCAUGUCUUGACAGAGGAGCAGGCUGGCGCACUGUUGGACCGGCGCAUCGUGACUGCACUGUCCAUCCCGCUCUUCACCCGAAACGUUUACAAGAACAACUUUGUGCAGGCAUCGCUGGGGGCGGAGCUUAGACUGCAGGGCGUGUCUGGGUCAGGGCUGGACUCUCUGAAUGCUCUGGGCCUGUGUCAGAACAAAGACACCGUGAGGCUACUACUGCUGCGACUACUACAGGGGAGACGUGGGAGGCUGUUGUCAAACGGCCGCUUUGGUCAGAGGCUGAAACAGGAGCAGCUCAAAGCCCAUCAAAAUGUGGAGGAGCAGGAGAGAAGCGAAGAGGUGGAGGCCGAGUCUGAUACUGAGCAAGCGGAGACUGAACUGACAGUUGAUGAAGCUGAGGAUGAUGUUGAGGAGGACCUAGAGGAAAAUGAUGAAGAGGAGUCCAAACAAAGAACAAGGAAAAAAACGAAACAUCGCAAAGAGGAGGAAGAGACUGACGAGAGUAAAAAAGGCAGAGUCGUUGUGGUUCGGUUGGGUCUGUUACAUGAACAUGUCAACCCUUAGCCAUGCCCACAGAAUUUUACUUUGGACUCAAUUUCUUUGAGAGCCUGAACCGCCUAUCAUUGAGGUAGAACUGAGCGUUUAAUUUUGUGGUCAAUUUUGCUUUUUUAUAUUCAGAUUGCAGAUAUUUUGUCCUGGUAUAUGGUGGCUAUUUCUGUCAUAUUCUGGUCUAGUCACAUAAAAUGAAAAUUAAGUUUAAUCUAUUUUCUGUCAAGGCAAAAUGUAAUGUAAUUGAGGGUGGCAAAAAACUCAAUAGUUUAUCAAUACCAAUUAAUAAUGUAUACUGGAAAAAUAAAAUCACACAAACGGGGCAAAAGAAGAGAAGAGAUGGAAUACAGCCACUCGCUGCCUCUGCGACCCUAAGCCACAUUACACCACCCACUCUGAUCCCCGACUAUAGACCCUUUAAGAUCAUCAGAAUGUUCAAAAUUCUCAAAUGGAGGCAACUCGUGGUUGUGUUUUUUAUUUUAAACUAAUUAGUUAAUUAAUUAAUUUGUAUUUUUUCUUCAUCAAAAAUGCUUGGUGUCUAUCAUAAUCUCCUAUUACAUAAAUAUAAUUCUUUUAAAUUGGCUCUGCUUCUGAUAACACUCGCAUGUAUCUAAGAAGAUUUAAUUUGGCAGACCCACCUUGAUUUUUCAUUCUAGUUUUCCCAUUGAAGUCACAUUAUCUUACAUUUCACUUUUGCCUCCCACUGUCUCCAUUCCAAAAUUUGUUUACCAAGGGUAACCACACCCAUUUUUUACAGUGUAAGCUUAUGCUUAUUCUGAAAGGCUUUCUAAAGCACAUUAUCCCAGAGGAUUUGCAGAUUAUUGUAGUUAACUAUGACUAUCCCAUAUCUUGCUGUUUUUUGUGAAAUAUGUAAUUUGUUUUUAAGUUCUGUGAAACAACCUUCCGACUGCAACAUGGUAACUUGCCCUGAAUAAUGAUUUAACUUAACCACUGUAAAGUUAAUCUCCAAAGGUUUUUGGGAAAUUGAGUGGUUUCAUUUUCAGCAAUGUAAACUUUACAGUCCUCAUUAUCAUAAAGUGUUCAUUAAUUAAAAAAAACCAAAACUCUU